AUGACUACGAACGAGUUUUUGGAAACUCUUGGAGAAAUUGCUCAUUUUCAGCAUCUUCCUCUCCCAGGAGGCACGCCAAUCAACCCAGAAGCCAUUCUGGAAGGAUUUCGAGAACCUCAAGUACACCUUGGUAAGACUAGGCUUGCCCAUGCUUUGCCCAUGUCUUGCCGAUUCUUUAAGACAAUUGCAAACCUACAACACCUGACUCUCUUCUUCCUGAUCCGCUGGCUCCAGGAGCACUACGGUAUGGAAUACGCUCCACAACACGUCCCAUUUCUAUUAAUGGGCUCGGCGAACGCCCUUAUCGGACUCCUAGGAUCCACUCAAUGCUUUGAUGUGAUUGUAAUUGUGGAACUCGUCAUGGCUACAAUGUUUGCAUUUUUGUUCCGCUUCUUCUUGUUCUUUCCGGUUAUUGCGGCGAUGAUGGUUCAAACGUCUCGUCGUCUGGAAAAAAUUCUGAUCAACCCACUCGAAGAAUCUGGAAAUCGUGAAGAAGAGGCUCCGCCCACCCGCCCUUCCGCACGCAGCCACAUCAAGAAGCGUCUUGAAUCGUUCAGAAGACGUCGUCAAGAGUGUGUCAAUGAGACGUCUUCUGAUAAUGUCGAAUGA